AGAGAGCGAGCUGUGAGAAAUAUGGCGCUUAUGUUGACCUAUGCGUCACUGCUCUCUUAAAGAUUUUCAUACUUUUUCAGUUCCAAUAGAAUCGAGGAUUUUUUGCGGAGUCAAUCAUUCAACGAUUUGUCAACAACUUUAUUUUAAAACAGAGGGUCAUUCAACAUGCAAACUCCCCAAACUAGCGAAUCACCUAUGGGUCAAAGUGUCACGCCAAAACAUGAAGAGCAGAUGAUAUUGGACAGCAUACAAAAUGAUCACAACUAUGCAAAACCAUGGGCUAGUAAACCAGACACCAAUUAUGCCAAGCCAGUGCGCAGCCUUUUCACCCUGGCCAAGGGAAAUCAAAACAAGAUGCUUGUCGCUGACAUCACAGUGGACGUUGAGACAGUUGAUAGUCCUUUCAAAUUCCAACCUCACACAAUCACACCACACUCGUCUGAGUGGCUUGGCGCUGCUGAGGACAUACAGGGCUACAGAGCAGAUCAAAAGGACGAUGACGGUGACUGGGAAGCUAAAAUUCAGCGAACUGGUUGGACAGUAGAGCAUGCUCGACUCUUCAACAACGUAGUCAAAGCCAUCCACGAGGCUCACAUGGCUCAUAUGGCUCUGAACGGCAGACAAAACGAGAGUGUCCUUAUGAAGCUGGCCACUGACACGGCUGCUAGACGAGUGCGUCGAGCGAUGGCAAGUGCUACAUGGGACAUCCGGCUUACAAAUUGGCUACACAAGCUUCUCUUGGACAAUCUUCCCUCCUCCAUAUUUGCAGUGUAUUUAGAAAUUUUAAGAGUAUUAAGAGUGAAGACUCCAACCUUGGUAGAACAUAUGAUAAACUUCAACCCAGAUGCGAAACUGCCUCCCAGCUUAGCAUCAGAAAAAAUUGCGAGGGUAUUGAAGAAGGAGAGCGUGGAGGCGACAGCAAACCAGUUGAAGCCGCGACGUCUUCCACUGGACGCAAUUUUAAUCACAGUUCCCUCUGGCAUCGGCCGGCAUGUUGGCCACGCAUCCAGGAGAAAUAACAACUGGGUGAAACAACUGUCGCACCUUGGCCAGGUUGCAUGCGUUGACGCUCACCCCACAAGCCUGCCAGGCAACUCCACAAUAGAGAAUCUCCUUGAGCAGCUGCUUAGCAGUACCAGAGCUAAAAUCGAAGAAGUUAAAGCCAAGUACCCUGGCCGACCUAUCAUUCUUAUUGGAUGGAACGUUGGAGCAGGAAUAGCAGUGCAGGCAGCACUAAUGGAAACAGUUAAUGCUGUCAUUUGUCUUGGAUUUCCUAUUAGCACAUUAGCAGGCCGAAGAGGUCAAGCUGAUGACUGUUUGCUGGACAUAACGUGUCCUAUCCUCUUUGUAAUCGGCCAAAACGCACCUUCAUCGAGACAGGCAGAUAUUGAGGAUUUGCGUGAGCGGCUUGUCGUCCAGUCUGGACUGAUUGUAAUUGGUUCUGCUGACGAACAUCUGCGAGUAACGAGCGUGAAGAAACGGUCGGAAGGACUGACGCAGUCAACUAUUGACCGGUGUAUUUUGGACGAGGUUGGCGACUUUUUGGCGAGUGUUCUGACUCAACCAGUUGUUCGUCCUGUUUCUCCAAAGCCUGCAGUCAAGCAUCCAGCAAUGCCAUAUGCAUCAUCAGGGGAACCUGAAGCGAAAAAAGCAAGAUACUCUCAGAAGUCAGUGUUUGACUCCUAUAUGGGCAGGGUGUCCGCGGGAAACAAAGAAAAACACUUAUCAGAAGCAGCUGUGAAAAGUUCUCUUGGCCAGACUCGACCUGCAUUACAUCAGACAGCGAAGGUCCCCCAGGCUACCAAGUCUUCAUUGACAGCAAAAUCUCCUCAAGCUGCAAAACCUACCCAGACUGCCAAGCCCAUGAAAACGGGAUUUACCGUGAACAUCGGGUCGUUGGCCAGCUUAGGUUCUCUGGGUGCAUUGCGCUUGGGCAGUAACAAGCCUUCUAACAUCCCAGCACCUGCGAAGCCCCCUCAAAACAUUAAGGGCAUCACACCCACCCUCACUGGGGCCUUGACUCCGUUUUCUUCUCUUAUAACAAUGGCGGCUUCCAGUAAAAUGGAAGCUGCUCCGAGACAGGUGCAGAUGGUCAGUUCAGCAAACCUUGCAGCCAGCAGCAAAGUCAAAUACGUCAACAAGGUGUCUUCCACGCAAGUAGCGAAGGUUGUCACUGGAACCAACCAGACACAGACGCCAGGAACACCUAGAUGAGAGUGUGUUGUCAAAGUGAUUCUUAAAACGAGGAAAUCGUGAAAAAUAGGCUUGUUAUUUAGACAACGUUAAAUCUUGUCUAGUGUUCAUCAAGUGUCAAGAUGCUUUAUUGACACUACUGAAUUUGAACGUAGUUCGUGACGCCCGUUCUCAUUGAGAUUCCCAUGUGUUUCUGAGAGAAGAAGAUACAAGCAUGUCUUUAGAGGUUUAAGCUAAAAUCCCUAAUAAAAUUGCACUAAAGCUAUUUGUAGAAAUGAUAAA